AUGUCUGAAAUUCACACAAAAUCACAGCCAAUUGAGCCUAUCAGAGGCAAUUCUUUACAAUUUCUCCCCAAGCCUAUUCCGCCAAGAAAGAAACCAACAGAUAAGACAAGGAUUAUUUUUACACAGCACUUGCAGCCAUCAAAAGGAGAUUUAAAUGUGUCGAUUGAUGAAGAUCUCAAAAUCGAACUGGAUGUCUCACGCUCCAGAAAAUCUAGCAUAGAUUGAGGUUCACCUAUAACAGACACCCCAAGAAAUAGCAGUUUCAAUACAGCAUCUUCUCCAGGAAAACCCAAAAUAAAAGGGGUUAAAUAUUUAGUGCCAGCACUUGGAGAUUCUCAUAUGAUUAAUGAUGAUGAAGGCGAAGUUGAGCUUGGCAUUUUCUGUAUAAAUUGUCAAGAAAUGGUUCCUGAGAGCCUCAUAGAAAGUCACUCAGCCAGCUGUGUCAGAAUCACAGAAGCAGUUUCAAGAGCUGAUACUUUAGGAGACCUUGAUAGUCUUAAGCUGAGAAUAGAAAAAAUGGAUGAGUUUUUAGAAAAUAAAGACAAAGAAACAAUCUAUCGACCUUCAGAAAGAAAUAUUAUUGCAGUACUAAAACGGCUAUGUAAAAAAUUGCUAGACAGUAAUAUUGCGAAUAACAAAGAUUCAAGCUCAGAAGUCAUGAAAUUAAUUAAAUCUAUGCUGGAAAAUUUCAAAGGCUCUUUAUCUUUACGAAUUUACAGUGAAAGGCUUUUGACCAUUUCGAAAGAGCAACUUGAAGCUUUAGAUAAAAUUGAGAAAAUUGAUAUAGAAGCAAAAAUGAAAGAAGUUGAACAACUGAAAGCACAAGUAAAAAUUUUCAAAGAAAGAGCUGAAACAAUACAAAGGACCAUUUUCAAAACCAACCCUACAGGAUUAAAACUUGAUUUUGGGCAGCUUGAAGAUGUAAAUAGUGAUUUCAGCAGCGGGAAAACCUUAAGCUCAUGUCAAUCAUUUAGGUCGCUAGUAAGUGAUGAGAGAAAAUCAGAAAUUGAUUUGCCUCCAGAUUUUAACGACACAGAAAACCUUGAUUUUCCUAUAGGAAAUUCUCAAGAAGAGCUGCAAAAAUAUUUUUAUUCACAAUGUCUAGCCUUAAAACUGAAAUAUAAUUCUAGAGAGCUGGUUAAGCUGAUACCCACUUCAAAACUUUAUGAAAAAGCGGUUGAAGAAAAAAUUCCUGUUGAAGAUUGAGUGAAUUUUAUUGAGGAAGAGCUCAAACAUCCUGAUAAAUGGGUAAAAAAGCAGUCAAAAAGAUCAAGAAGAUCCCAGCCGACCAAUGGAAAUAAAAAAUUCCAGUCAUUCGAAACUAUUGCCGAGGAGGAUGUAUAA